UCAACUUUUCAUCUCUAGUUGAUUAUUUUUAACUGUGUUAUAUGUUUGACUGUUUUUCUGGCGUCUCCAGGUCCUGAGGAGAGAGCAGCAGGCCCAGCAGAGGGUCCACAGUGUGUUCACCACUCAGCUCAGAGAGUGCACCAGACUACUGUCCAAAGUUUAUAACAACAACAACAACCUCCAGCAAACUCUGAUCCAGAGGCUGACGUCCGUGGUGGAGGAGAUGGGGGAGCUGGUGUCAGCAGAGUGCCAGCGUCAGGGAGCCUGGGGGUUUCUGGGCGAGGGCACAGGGGCCAAGCUGCUCUGCCCUGACACUGGAGCUGUGCUGACCAAGGACCACAUCUUUGGUCCUGAUGGGUCCCUGCGUGUCUGUCGGGCCCUUCAUUGUGAUUCGGUCACAGGCCUCGUAAGGCCAAACGCUCACAGCCACAUGCUGCUGAGCAGCGGGCACACCGUGGCAGUGCCACCAGAGUUCUUCCUCCACCCACAGACCGGCAGAGUUAUGCCCAUAGCCGGCAACGUGUCCUACGAUCCUGCGAGCUCCACACUGGUGUUCACAACUGACUCGUGCACAGCAGACAACAAGAAGUGGGACAGUCCCCUCCUACCUUUCAUCCCUUACCCAACCUCCUGCCACUCAGACCAGCCUCUGCCCAACACCCGGCUCAGAGGCCUCAGACCAGGCCAGAGGCUGCAGCUGGGAGCUCCCAUGGCAGACCCAGACACGGGGGUCCCGGUGCCCAUUCUGGCUGUAACCAUCCACCCCGAGACAGGACUGGUCUACCCACUGGGAGGGGUGCAUGUCUGUCCCCUCACCCGCCUGCUGCAGCCAAUACAGACGGGCUAUCCCAUGCUGGACUCCAGGACGGGGAAUGUUGUGCUCACUGUCGGGGUCAGUCUGGAUCCAGUAACAGGAGCCGUGCAGCCAGUAGGUGGAGUCCUCCUGGCUGAGUCCUUCAUCGAACCUCUGAGUGGGCGGCUGGUGAGACUAGGAGGGGCCAGUGUACGGGCCGGGCAGCUGCUGCCUAAUGCAGGAGGAUACCAGGCCCUGCUAGACAGCAAGGUUCUGGCAGUGAUGUUCAAAGUGUUGGAGCUCCUGAAGCCACUCACUGAGGAGUGGGGAUCAGACCAAACUCUGCAGCACCACCAGGGUAGCGAGAGAGGGAGCGGUCGGCAAGAUCAUCUCCUCGCCGCAACCAAGGAGCUCCAGCAGGCCUGGGGAAGGAGCCUGCACUGCCAGCUGCAGCUGCAGACCAGGUUGGGUCUCCUGCUGGACUGGGCUGCAGGUCUCCAGCAGGAUGGAAAGACUCUGGGAGAGAUGCCUCUCUUGGGUUCAGAUCUGUGUGUGCCAGCUCUGCUGGGGAUGGAGUACCCUGACCCCAUGGGAUCUGGUCUUAGUGUACCUGUGCUGGGGUGUCAGACUGACCUUGUCUCUGGGAUUAUAACACCGCUGGCAGGGACCAUGGAGGACCCCGAAGGAAAAGGCCUGGUGGCCAUUCGGUAUGGAUCUCAGACUGUUGACCCAGUGACAGGGGUGUUGGCCCCGGUGGUUGGAGUCAGGCUGGAUGUGUCCAGAAAAAUCGUUGUACCUAUCACAGCUUCCUACUGGCUAACGGUGGCGGAUCAAACUGAUAGUGUGCAGGUGGAGGCGCUGCAGAGAGAGGUGUGUGUGCGAAACACUUCUUGGCAGCAGCAGAGGCAGCGGGAGGAAGAUAUUCUCUCUGAUCUGGACUCAGGUCUAUUCCAGUGUCUCUUUAGAGUUGCAGAAGCGAACUCUUACGAGGUCCAGUGGUCGGGGAGGCAGCUGAAGGAAGCAGCCGUAGAGCUGCAGGAUUCAGCGCAGACGGAGACGCAGAGGAGAGCAGCUCAGUGCUCCCACUUGGCUCUGAUCUUGCCCCCGCAUGUCUUACACAUUCUCACACUGGGUGACGAGCAGGAGUGGGAUCGGCAGUGUGUUUGGCACUCAGAGCUCGUGUCGGGCCUUGAUAAGGUGGAUGUGUGUAUGGAGCAGCUGCAACAAGACCAAGAAAAAUGGACAACACAGGGAGGAGACUGGGCUACAAGCUUCCAUGCUCUGGACAGAGAGCUGAGACAGAGAGAGUUGUGGGAGCAGUGUUGUUCCAGACAGACAGAGUUGGUGGCUGCUCUUAAUGCGCUGCACUUUGUCAGACACCUUUCUCAGCUCCGCGCCGACACCGCUCAGGCCGUACUGUGUGGGAACUUUUGGUAUAAGGAGUAUGGUCUGGUCCAGUGCAAUGGACGUAGGCUGACUGCGGAGGUCAGGGGUCUGCUUCAACAGAUGGCCUUGCCACUGCUGGAGAGAUUGAACCAGCUCCUGGAAGACAAACAGCCUGCCAGCUUCUCCCCCAACACCUGCAAUCAUCACAUGUCUGGUUUGUCAACAAAGCAGGCAUAUGGGUUGGAAAUACCCUCUAGAGUCUGGACAGCCUCUGUGCCAGUAGUGAAAGGAAUCUCCACUCAGUCUUUGAGGGAGCCUGUCCAUUUAGCUCAGUCCCAGGACACCGGUCUGCAGGUCAGCUCAGCACCGACACACAACUCACAGAGACACACCUCAUCUUCCGGCAUUCACUCCCAGGAGAGCCAGCCGAUGAAAGAGUCUGCUCAGCCUACACAUAGCAUCUCCAUCCCCGCAAUUCCAGAAGAGGAGUGGACCAAGCUGCUGGAGCUCUCUCCUCUGUUUCAGCUGUUGAAGGGGACGGAGCUGCAGCUAAAGGGCUGGACCUGUGAGGCAGGGCUUAUUAGAGGAGGGCUCGCUGACAGAGGCAAGAGUUUUGUAGACGUCCUGGAUGCUCAGUGGGAGUGUGAGGGAGAGCUGAUCCCUUUGGACCCGUCGGUCCUCAACCCCAGAGAGUUCCUGGUCUACCAGCACGGACUCUUCCUGAUGCAUACGUUACAUAAUCGAAAACUGACUCCAGCCAUUUCACUUCAGAUAGCAGCGAGUCUCCCAAACAACAACUACUUCAACAACGCUUUCAGAAAUUCCUUCUUCUAUCAGGAGGCAGAGGAGACGCUCUUUGUCCGUCGCCAGAGGCUCCAGUCAGUUGGAGGCUUCUCCCUGCUGCUGCUCCACUGUCUGUCCCAUGUCCAGAUUAAAGACAUGAGCUCUGACUCCAGUCCUGCCUUCCAGAGGCUUUUCUUCAAGAUACUGCAGGAAUGUCUGGGGGAGCUGUUUCAGGCCAGACUGUGCGUGCCUUCCUCUGGACAGGAAGCCAAUUUGUGUGUGUUGUUUCAGGACCAAGAGGCCCCUUCUUCAGGAGUCUUAAAGGGGACUCUGUCAGACUCCCACGCUUCCUUCCUGCUUCACAGGUUUCACAAACCAAGCAGAGGGUUGCUGUCUGAAGAUGAAGUCGAGGAUCUUCAGAAGAAGCACAGAGAAACGUCUCUGCUCUCCCAUCUUGAAGGACUUUUGAGAGAGAAGAGCUCUGAAGCGUGAUGAAAAAUCUUCUAUUUGAAAGAGAAGAAAACCACCCAAAAUAUAUAGAUGCUAUGACUCAGUUCUUUAUUGCAGAGGAGGGACACACCUUAGAGCAGUUUCUCUCUUGAGUUUUUAGACGGAGAGAAAAACAAGAUGUAAGGAUGGGCAGAUGUUUUACAGAAUCAAUUAUCUCCUGCAAGACGGAAACAACAAGUCUUUUAUCUGAUGACAGGAACUUCCUUUCAUCCAUGGAGAUAAGCAUAUUAUUGUACUCUCUGCGUGAUAAGAACUUUGUUUUUCACAUGAGAAGGACGCACAAUCCUCCCACAAGGCACAGUUUACUUCUAAAGUGUUACAAUCAUAAUGAAAAAAUAUUAUUUGUCCCACAGAGAAAGGCAAAGUCAAAACAUAUGUAGAGACCUUUAUGCUUCCAUACUAGUGUGAUAUGUAAAUAUGUACGUUUUAAAAUCCAAAUCCAUUCAAGAAAUAAAAUCGAACCCUAAAACAA